GAACGUAAAUGUGACAUUUGGAUUUGAUGGGUUGAUACGUCCUGUCGUUCGAUUAUCGAAUGAUGAGUGAGCCAGUGUUUUUAAUUAAUAAUUACGAGUAGAAACUGUAAAUAUUUUAAGAUAAACAAUGUCAGACGUUAACAUGGAGAAGUUUGCCGUGCCUGACUUUGCGCCUGAGCGCUACGUAAAGGAGCUGGCCAAGUCCUGUGUCGGAGGGGAGGAGCUCCAACAACAGAAGGAUAAAAUACAAUCAUUGGCCGAAGAAACCGCAAGUGCCCUAAAGAAAAAUGUGUACGAGAACUACAUGCAGUUCAUCGAGACGGCGACGGAGAUAUCCCACCUAGAAGCAGAGAUGUACAAGCUCUCCCACCUGCUCAGCGAACAGCGUACUGUGCUCACAACUCUCUCCCACGCGUCAAUUCUAGGUAACGAAAACGCCAUAUCCCGCGAAUCCCUCGACAACCACGACGUAGAAGCAGAGCGCGUCGAGGAACAGCGCAAGAACAAGCUCAAUCUCAUAGCUGAGAAGGUUGAAGGUUGUGUCAACUUACUGGACGUUCCCGACCGCACGCUGCUUCACGAGGGCGAUCUAUUGGAGAUAGACGCCGAGGAGAACACGGCCCUGCAGAGAAUGCAUGUGUAUUUAUUUAAUGACUGCCUUAUGUUGACAUCUUGGAUAUCGAAUCGCAGAGGGCCCAAUAGAUACAAGUUUCAAGUCAGUUAUCCAAUCAGUACUCUGGCUGUAGUGAAUGUUCGUGACUUGGGAAGUGUUAAGCAAGCAUUCAAAGUGUUAGCUUUUCCAGAUACAAGAGUGUUUCAGUGUAAUAGCUUUGCUAUCAAGAAAGAUUGGCUGGACAAGUUUGAUGUGGCUAAAAAACUGUAUAUUGAAAAGGAAAAUAUAAAACAGAAGAAAAAGGAUGGCCAAGACAAGCCUAAACCAGAGCUACUGGAGUCACCUAGUCUGUCUGUUGAAGAAUUACCAUCUCCUCAAGUAGCACCACUGCCUGAGUGGCUAGCUGAUGUCACAGAAGAGUUAGAUGUGCUCAUUGUAGAAAGACAUUUCCAAAGAACUUAUGAGCUGAUGGUGAAAGCCCAAAAGGCUCUAGACACUGAGGAAAAUAAAAGCCAUCCACAGAGAAGUGACUUACUGAAGAGAAUUGAACAAAAACAGAAAGUGUUGAUUGAAAUAUUGUUAAAGGAACUUGAUGUUACACACAACUGGAGUCCGAGAGGAGGCCUGCAAUCAUCUCGACAGCCAGUACAUAUACUCAAUAAGUUUAACAUGACUAGUCAGGCAUGUGAACUGUUUCUAGCUAUAUGCAGUCACACUGUGAAGGUUCAUGUCAAAGGGGUCCAAUUAGAAGGAUCUAUUAAUAGUUAUGUAAAGCAAGUGGGUGAGGUUUUCUUCUGCUCACUGAGUGAUGCCUUAACAGAAUUCAUUACAUUAUUUCCUAAGAAUAAAAUAAGUGCUUUUGUAGUAUGGGCUAGUAUGCAACUUAGGAUGCUAAUGAGUCAAAUUAUAAAGCAAGUGUUCACUCCCCAGUGUGCUCUACACUUAGUGCUUGAGUGUGUGCAGAGCUUAAGGGAUCAGUGUACACUGUUCUGUGAGUUUGGUCUAGAUUUAAGGUUUCAGAUGAACAGCUGUUUAAGAUCACCAAUCGUAAAAGCUCUAAAGGAAUAUAAGGAAAAGAUUGUUGAUUCUAUGAAGGGUAAAGUAACAGAAGACAAAUGGACUCCGGUGAACAUGCACACUAAAGCUGGAGUCAAUAAAUUUUUAAUACAGAUGGAAAGUUUGGGCCUUAUCUUAGCUAAGUACAUAAUAAAUGAGACGUGGGUGGACUUGUCUAGUAGUACGAUAUGGUUUGCUCAGUCCGUCAUUACCAUACAGAAGGUUGGACUACAACUGGUCACCAAAGACACCAUGGACGUAUUGGACGAGUGUAUCCAUGCUGUAUUCAACUCUCGCCUUAUGCUCUCUCUGGGCAACGACUCGAGUUACGCUCAGAAGAACUUUAAGUUUAUCUUAGACACAGUGAUGCCUUUAAUGCUCAGAUGUUAUAAGGAGGAAGUUGGUUAUGACAAUGACAAGCUAGUGAGCCUAGCCAAGAAGUUUGGUGUGUAUGUAGCGCCACCAAAGAAGUCCAAUAUCACAAAAUACACGAGUAACGAAUAUUUAUGAGAAUAGUCAUUAGAUUACACAUGUAUGUAUGGUACGAAAUUAUUUUUAUUAUGCUGAAAGCUUUAAAAUUGUAAUAUAUAGGUAGUAAGCGUGCAGGAUUUUUGUAAGUUUAUUUAAAGAAAAACUGAUCAAAUUGAAAUUUAUAUUAUAUGCAAGUUAUGAAUAUGAAAUUUUAAUAAACCAAGAUUUAUGGUUUGUCCGUUUAAUUUUAUUCCGUAUUCAUGAAAUGUGUGGAGUCAUGAGAAUUAAAAGAUUAUUUAAACUA